CAACAAAUACAGAGCACUCAGCACACACAUGACACGCUCAGCCCACGCGCCACAGAGCCAGCUUCCUAUCAUAGAAGCUGCACGACGCACAAUGGUGGGCGCCUGGGGCAGCCGACGGCACGCUGGCAAUCCCGUAGGCCAUCGACCCGUGGCCAGUGUACUCGUGCAGCAGCUCAUACUCACCUGCACACACACAACGACGGCCGCACGUGUGUUGUCGCCAUUUUCUCUCGGCCUACCGGUGGCGGUGGGUUGUGUUUGCCAUAUCUGGCAGCCUCCGUGGCAGGCGGCCACCAUCAACCGGUCGACGGAGGGCCCCUGGCCUGGAGAGCUCCUGCACAGCACACACAACGAUGGAUGGAUGGACAGCGCUGAGCCAUUGGUUUUGCCUGCCACCGGUCACCUCGCUCACCGUCUUAGUGUGCUGUCCCAUUUGAGACGCCACACUCCGCCACUCGACUGCAGAACAGACGAACGAACCGACACAUGCACUCGCCAAUCUGUCCUGUUCUCUCUUGUCUGACCUUGAAGGAGCUGGUGGGGCUUCCAAUGCUCCGAAGAUCCCACACACGGACAUACUCGUCGUAACUGAACACACACACACACACACAGAGAGAGAGAGAGAGAGCGAGAUGGACAAAUCGAUGCAUUUGGUCCAGGUGGGCAUCGAGCUGAUGACCAUCCGGAGAGCAGCGUGUGCUCAUCGGUGUCGUGGAAUGCGAUUGCCGUGACGCCCAUCGGAUGCUCCCGCCUGUUGUGCGCCACGGGGGCGUCGAAGCCGACACGAGCGUCCCAUAUCUUCAUAGCACAGUCGUCUGCCCCAGUGGCGAUGAGGCGGCACGCGCCAUGCAGCUGGUCCGGUGCUGCAGGUGUGGGCUGCAGUGCGAUGGUCCAUGUUUCCAGGUCGUGGGCACACCUGCCCUGACGUUAACCACACACACACAAAGACAGAUAGAUGGGACAGAGGGGAUCAUGGUUGGAGUGGGUGUGUGUACCAUGUGACGACCUUCCUCGGCUGCGUGAGGUCCUCCGACUGCACCAGACACGCCGUCCCAUCAGACACACAAUACCCAAACACACUGCAGACAUCCACACACACAGAGCAACGUGCAGCCAAGCGCUCAUCUGUAGUGUGCCCUCUCUUGCUGACCAACCAAGGCGAGUCGUCCAGCAGCGCCACAGCGGUGCAUAUGGGCCCAUCGCCACCGGGCGCACCACAUGUGCCCUCGGCCGUCAGCUCGGGGCGUGCCGUGGGUGAGGCUACGGUGAGGGGGCGGGGCGGUGGGAGAGGGCCGUCGGGAGGGAUGGACGACAGAGUGACCGCCGAGCUGACACUCAGACCUCCCUCUUCGCCCCACUCCUGUCAACCGAGGGACCAUCGAAUGAGCAAUGUGUUGGCUGUCUUGGUUUUCUGCUUCUGCCUCUCUGUCUGUCUGUCUGUCUGUCUGGUCGUGGCUACCAGUGUGACUCGAAUGAGGUGGACUGCGGCAUCGGCUCCUGCGGCGACGAGCGUGACUGAGCCCUCAGAGGAUAACACACAGCGGACAUCCAGCACACCACAGGACAAGUCGACGAAGGGCAGCGCACACAGACGACAUCCAUCCGACCUGCACACACACACACACACUCAGCACUCAGUAGGGACUCGAUUGUGGCUGUCCGCUCACCUGUGGUGGGCAUUGACAUACAGCAGGUGCAUGCCGCCCAUCCGGCGGCCGGGCGAUGAGUCCUCAGGCUGCUUGACCAGCUCGUAGCCGCCGCACGCCAGCAGCGUCAGAUCUCCGUCGUGGUCUCGGCGGCGACGAUGGACACUGCAGCUGUCCAGACAGUCGGCGUUGUACAGCGUCUGAAACUUCAUCUCUGUGAAGUUCUCG